GUGAGGGCUGUGACCGCAGGUGGGCCUUUGGAGGAGGCCGUGCUGCGACCACCGGCCAGCACCCAGGUGCACCCUUGCAACAUAUGUGGCAAAGUCUUCAACCGAGCAUAUAAUUUGAAGACUCACCAGCUCACUCACACCGGAGAGAGACCAUUCACUUGCUCAUUCUGUCCGUACCGUGCUGCUCUGAAGGGGAAUGUCACCAAACAUAUGCAGGCACGACAUGCAGACCGUCUCCCCUUGCCAGGCUGGGGCAUCAUCCAGCGCCAACCUUUCCCACCUGGUGACACGCCUGACCCCCGCACCCAGCCGUGUCCUACAGCUCUCGGGGAUGCUACAGGGCAGGGGUGCAGUCAGUGAGGGUGGUCAGACAUGUCCUCAUUGUGGCCGCUCCUUCCUGCGCCCUGUGGAUUUAGGUCGUCACCUUCGCACUCACACUGGAGAGAAGCCUUUUGCGUGCCCGCACUGCUCCUUCCGUAGUGCCCAGAGUGGCAAUGUUUACAGACAUGUCAAGAUGAAACAUAUGGAGUUAGCUACAUCUGUUACACAGUGAGCACCAUGCAUCUUGCACUGAAACUUCCAGUUGCUGUUUUAUGCUGAGUUCUAAGCUACUCUUUCAUUUGCUCUGAACUGAUAUCACCAUAAACUCCCUGUAUGCAUUCAUUGGCAAAGUGAGAAAUCUCUUAGGAUUUAAAAAAUAUUACUGUGAGUGAAAUGCAAAUCAGGUGGAUGUUUGGAGGAAAAUUCGUAUGGCAGCUUAAGUUGCUGAUUAUCUUGAUUUCUCUCUA